CUGCGAGCAUUUUUCCGAAAUGUUGGAAUUCGUUGGCUGCUUCGGCCAUUCUCUGUAACUGAUCACAAUCGCAUUCGGUUUUACGGGAAUAGAAUAGAUAAACGCUUCAGAGCAUUUCAGUGGCGAUAUCAACAGCGCAGUGCCAGUGAACUUAUCAGGAACCUUUUCAUUACCAAUCCACGUUAUAAUUCACACUGCCGCUUUUUUGAUUAUCCAUCUAGACUCGACGCUUACGAAAUAGGCAGUAACAUAGCUUGUGGCUGUCAUGCUGCUGUUUACGAGUUGCGUCGUACAGAAACGAGGGAUCCUGAUGUUGCCUUUGUUCGUAAUACAGGUUUAACGAUGCUUCAGAGCCAACCUACCGAGAGCUUCAGUGCUUCUGUGCAAGACAGGCUUCUUGCAUAUCCGUUAGCCUUAAAAAUAAUGUUUAAUUACGAUUUCAAAGCGCCUGAGCACUCUUUAUGGACCGAUAUGGGGAGUGAAUUAGUUCCAUUGAUUCAGAAGCAAUAUUCAUUAGCAGGUCGCAUGAGGAAACUGAAGAUGUUACCACGCCCUCAUCCGAAUGUCAUUAAAAUGUACACUGCUUUUACCGAUCGUAUGCCCAUCCUUCCGGAUUCAUAUUCGCUUUAUCCUGAAGCCCUUCCUUCUCUGAAUUUUUGUGAACUUGCUAUAAAUGAACCAAAGACGCUUUUUAUUGUUAUGAAACGAUAUAGAAUGACCUUAAGAGAAUAUGUAUUAAUUAUGAAACGUAAUUAUUGGAAGGCACGGGUAAUGUAUGCGCAGUUACUGGAAGCAAUCACUUAUUUAUACGAUCAUACUAUCAGCCACCGAGAUUUGAAAUCUGACAAUAUAUUACUUGAUUUUGAUUCUGACGAAGAUACACCUCAUCUGGUUGUUUGUGAUUUUGGAUGCGCUCUGGUAACGGGAUCGUGGAUUGUUGACUACCAAGAUGAUUCGGUUGAUUUAGGUGGAAACUUAGCCCUUAGAGCACCUGAGGUUAGUUGCGCUUGCCCGGGUCCUCGUAGCUUCGUCGAUUUUCGCCUGGCCGAUUUGUGGGCGUCUGCCACUCUUGGAUAUGAAAUCUUCACCAGAAGCAAUCCGUUCUACAGUAUGUUGAAAAGUCACAGUUACAUGGAAGACGAGUUACCUCAAUUACCUAAACGUGUUCAUUAUGCCGUCAGAUUAGUUACAAAGGAUAUGUUACGGAGAGAUCCGAAACAACGACCUGACCCGCAUGUAGCUGCAAAUGUUGUAAGUUUUUCACUGUUUCGUUACGGAGAAAAUAUCAGAAAAAUACUGGAUGACUGUGGCCUAGAUGAACUGUUUGUUUACACGGGGUUAUCUGAACUGAAAACUACAGUUUCAGCAACAAUUUCAAAGCUGAAGAAAAAAGUUGAAGAAACAUUUGACGACUUAAUGUUAUUAUACGCGACUGAGACUAUGGUAUCACGUCGCCUCUGUCCUGGGAUCAUAAGCAGUGCAGAAUUACAAGUGUGGAAUAGUACUUUAUUGAUUUUUAAUCUGUAA